AUGCCGGCUACCGGAAAUAGUACAUUUAUGUUGGAGCUGAUCGUGUACCGCGUGACGUUGACGGACCAGAUCCAGAUGCACAAUACGUGUCCGGUGUGCGUGUGUUUCCGGUUCCCAGGGCUGGUUGAAUUGGUGGUAUGCGAGGUUGGCUUUUGCGCUGAUGGUAACGUUGGCGACGGUGAGAUAUUGAUGACCAACGGCAAGUCAUGCUUGUUCCCGAUCGACAACGCGGACCUUUGCCGGGCGGCCCGUGACUUUUGCGCGAAAAUCAGCGUGAAUAGGCGUGUAGACGGCGAACAAAAAAUGCGAUACGUCGCACAGACGCAUCUCGAGUUUGACCGGACGUUCACUGAAGUUAUACUGAACCCCAAUCAGGUUGAGAGGUCACGGAAACUGAAACGGGUCUUGCCGUUGUACGAAAAGGGUCGUCCGAAUCCUGUGGGCAGCAUAGAAUUCUUCGUCCAGUUGACUUCGCAAGGGGAUCAGUACAAAGCCGUUCCCAUGCAACCGUCGACGGUAAAUUGUCCAGAAAGAAAACCGUUGCCCCCGAAGAAAAUAUGCAAACACAAAGCUUCGUGUAGAAAGAACCGACCAAAGUCUAAGGAAGAUCUGCAAUGCGCCAAAGAAUUGAGACGGCGGUCUAACUACAUUUUGACGAUUAUGGAAAAGGUUAAAGCUUUGUACAAUGUGAUGGAGACAAUCAAUGAGCCGUUGCGUAGCGGUCGGUCGAGAUCAAAAAAAACUAAUCGCAGAAAACGGUGCUUGUUCGACCGGAAUUGUCCAGUCGCUAAUUGUCCGUUUAGAAAAAGCGAACCGGAAAACACAUUCGUCGACCACCCGAUCAAAGGCACCCGUCCUGGGGACGAGCGGCCUCCGAAAAAAUUGUCGGAAGACCGUGAACUUGUAGACGACGCGAAUUUGUUCGUCAUAAACGUGGGUCGGGUGGAUCCGUGUCGGGUGAAAGCACCAAAGUACAAGGACGGCUCUUCGCAGUAUUUCGAAUCGGACUUUUUGAGAAGAUAAAUACUUCUAUUAUGUCUUAUUAUGUGGCUAUUCGUUUGGGGAAUCGUAAGUUCCUACACGAGACCUAGCAGGUAAACAAGAUACAUAUGUUAGUUCCUACACGA